CCUCUUUCUUCCCUCCAUUCACGGUCCACCUCAAUCUGAUUCUCCAGAAUUCCAAUUGACAGAAAAUCUCCGACUUGAAACUCCGACGGACAGUGAGGUCGCCGAUGUUGCCGUGGAGGAUUUUGGUUGUCCCAGAAUCUCAGUGUUUACAACUGCCCUCACUUGACAAUUGGUUUGGAAUGCAUUGGCAAUCAAGUUGGAGUUUAGAGUUUUGACGCCUGCGCCCUCCUCGAAUUCCACCAAUUGUUCGAAACUGUCGGGUCCGUUAACUAUUGUUUGCUUUCGAAAGUAGCUACUGAAAACCAGAAUCAUGUGGUCGAGUGUGAUUUAGGCUGGCGGCUUUUUUGGUUUUUCUAUGACGGGUUCAGAUGGUUUGGAUUUAGAUUUGCCAGAAGGAGAUGAAAGGUGAACUGAAUGGUUUGAAGGUGCAAUGACUGGAGAGUCAUUGGGUCUUCGGACAGGGAGCAAUGGAUUUCUGCAACAGCUGCAGAAUGGGGUCACCUCCCAGAUUCAUACAGGACCUGCACUUGUGCGCAGACCUUCAAAGACGCUUCUUCAUUCUAGAGAGAAAGAAAGGCUCUGCCCUUUUGUAUGCCGACUUCUUGGUCGACGGAAGGUGGCAGUGCUGCUGAUGGUUGCCCUCGCUCUUUUUGUUUUCGUAUUUGGUUCCCUUACUUCUGAAAAAGGUGCAGACAUCAUUAGAGAAAUUCAAGACUCGCAAUAUUAUGCCUUGUCUCGUUAUGAAGUUUUAAAUCCUCUUGAAUUGGAAGAAAAGCAGCAGGCUAGAAAUUAUUCUAGUGGAAGUUCCUCUCCCAGAACACGUAAAACUACGAUAAGGCCUCCUUCUCCACCCUCUUCUUCUCACUCAACAGGUAGAAUGGGACAGUUUCCUACGUUGGGGCAUCCAUGCGAUCAUUUUGCAAUUCCUCCUCCACCACCGAGUGAUAGGAGACGACCUGGACCACGGCCAUGUCCUGUGUGUUAUGUUCCAGUGGAGCAAGCUAUUGCUAGUAUGCCAAGAUUUCCAUCGGCAUCACCUGUGCUUCGCACUUUAACAUAUGUGCAUGAUGAAAAUCCGGUUAAUAUUGAAUCACACGGUGGCUCUGAUUUUGGUGGAUACCCUUCUCUGGAAGAUAGGGAUGCUGCCUUUGACAUAAAAGAGACUAUGACAGUGCAUUGUGGAUUUGUGAAAGGUAGCAGACCUGGUCACCAGACUGGAUUUGAUAUUGAUGAGGCUGAUAUAUUGAUGUUGGAUGAGUACCAUGACAUCAUUGUUGCAUCUGGCAUAUUUGGAAAUUAUGAUGUUAUACAGCAGCCAAAGAACAUCAGUAAGGAAGCCAAGAAACAUAUUCCGUUCUAUAUGUUCAUUGAUGAAGAAACGGAAAUAUAUAUGAAGAACGCAAGUAUAUUGGGUAGUAGCAAGAGGGUUGGGUUGUGGAGGAUCAUUGUCAUCCGCAAUGUUCCUUAUGCUGAUGGUCGGCGUAAUGGAAAGAUUCCAAAGCUGCUUUUGCACAGGAUUUUUCCUAAUGUCAGAUAUUCAAUAUGGAUUGAUGGGAAACUCCAGCUUGUUGUGGACCCGUACCAAAUUCUUGAGAGGUUCUUGUGGCGAACAAAUUCUACUUUUGCCAUUUCAAGACACUAUAGACGCUUUGAUGUCUUUGUUGAGGCUGAGGCUAAUAAAGCUGCUGGGAAAUAUGAAAAUGCUUCCAUUGAUCAACAAAUUCAAUUUUAUCGAAAUCACGAUGGUUUAACUCAUUAUUCAAGGGCUAAGCUUCCAAUAACUAGUGAUGUUCCAGAAGGUUGUGUUCUCAUAAAAGAACAUGUUCCUAUUACAGAUUUGUUUACCUGCCUAUGGUUCAAUGAAGUCGAUCGCUUUACUUCUAGGGAUCAGUUAAGCUUUUCUACUGUAAGGGACAAAAUAAUGGCAAAAGUUGAUUGGGGGGUGAAUAUGUUCAUGGACUGUGAGAGGCGCAACUUUGUGAUACAGACUUAUCAUAGAGAUUUGCUAGAGCAUAUGCCUCCUCCAGCACCUCCAGUUCGUCGGCUACCUUCUCGCAGUCCACCUACUCCUCCCCAUAUGAACAAGUUUCAUGCAAAGAAGAGUCAGAAGCGCACGAGAGGAGACAGGAGAUCAAGCUCAAAGCAUCACCGCAAAGUAGGAAUUGUUAAUGUAUAAUCCACAAUUUUAGUGUUUUGCUCUUCUUUUCCCCCUUUUUUUAAUUGUAAAUUUCAUUCUUUCCUGACGUAUAUCACCAUUUUAAAAAUGUUGAUACCCGUUCUUUUUAAAUGGUAAAUAUGCCUCAUCUUUGGCAAGUUUCUGGGUAACUUCUCGAAUUGAAAAGGAGGGUUUUCGAAUGAUCACUAAUCUGUUUUCCACUGAUGAGUUAAUUUUGCUCCUCAAACUAUGUAUGAUGUAUUGCUGUAUCUGUUGUGCAUGUUUGACUGAAAGGACGAUUUUGUGUGUUUUUCCUGUGGUUGAAAGAGAUGAGAUUUUUUUUUCCUUUUUGGUGGUUACAGAAAGAAAUGAGAAUUUGGCAAUGGAAUUUGCUGUC